AUGUGUGUGUGNUAUCAGAGCUUUGUACGGGACUAUCCAGUGGUAUCCAUUGAGGAUCCUUUUGAUCAGGAUGACUGGGAAGCUUGGUCAAAGUUUACAGCUAAUGUAGGGAUUCAGAUAGUGGGAGAUGACUUGACAGUGACCAACCCCAAACGCAUUGAGCACGCGGUUGAGGAGAAGGCCUGCAACUGUCUACUGCUUAAGGUCAACCAGAUUGGAUCGGUCACUGAAGCUAUUCAAGCUUGUAAACUGGCUCAAGAGAAUGGCUGGGGGGUGAUGGUGAGUCAUCGAUCAGGGGAGACUGAAGACACCUUCAUUGCUGACCUGGUCGUGGGACUCUGUACUGGGCAGAUAAAAACCGGAGCUCCAUGUAGAUCUGAGCGACUGGCAAAAUAUAAUCAGCUAAUGAGGAUUGAGGAAGAACUUGGUGAUGAAGCUCGCUUUGCUGGGCACAACUUCCGUAAUCCAAGUGUCCUAUAAAUGCAUCCUGGCAUAUUCCGGCCAUGCCUGCUAUUUCUGUGCACAGACUCUGAGUGCCCAUUAGAUCACACCUUCCAUCGUCCUUGUUCCACACUCUCCUGCUCCAGGUCUUCUCAGACCCACUCACUGGAAUUGCCCAGGAUAUGCAAAGACUGACGCUUCCUUUUGCCUGUCAUGAUGCAGUGCUGCAAGUCAGCUUUGUCUGUGUUGCGCAGUGUCUGCUGUUUAGACCUGCUUGAGUCAUCGUUAUACCCAAGUACAAAAUGGUGUCAGCAUGUUUGCCCUGGUGUUUGGCCAGUAUUUUGCACAUUUGAAGAUUGUCCUUAAAUUGGAGUCCAGAUUGUAUUUGCUUAUUGAUACAAGAUGGUGUUUUUGUGUUUUGUCCCUUGGAAUAUCGGCAUCUAUGUUUUGAUCCCUGUGAGUUGUGUUUAAACCUGUGUGCUGCAUAUUGUCAGUAACUGGUUGCUCCAUUUGUAUGUGUGAACAGGGAGAGAGGGAGAGAGAGGGGGGGAAAAACAAGUGAGAGAAUAUAUGUUUCUUACCAGCCUCAAAAUACAAUUUAAUUACUAGCAUUGUAUGUAUGUGUGUGUGUGUAGGUUGGAAUCUGCAUCUGGGGUUAGGCGUUCAUUCAACCAAAGGUUGAAUUGCUGUAGAUUUUGUUUCUGAAUAUGAAGGGCAAGAUGUCUGGUAUGAUAUACUGGAUUAGUGUGCCAUGUUUUAUGGGAUGCUGUGGGUAGUGCAUUGUGGGCAUGUUCUUGCAAUCAGCACUUUGCUCAGAUCUCUCUCCCUCUCAUUGCUGCCUGGAUGUUUGAUCACAUUUUACUCUCUGCCUCUUCAUCCAUUUCCCUCUUGCUCUGCUAUCAUUUCUGCUUUAAGCCACAGAGGUUUCACAUUCAACUGCCUCCUCACCCAAUAACAACCACAAAAGAAAAAAGAGAAGAGAAAAAAAAAACACCCCAAUAUCCAGAAAAAAGUAACCAACAAGUAAAACCUCAAUUCAAUUAAAUUCUGUUUCAACCCUGAG